AUGAGAGAGUAUCAAUGUCUUUAUAUUUGUGGAACGGAUGAAUAUGGCACGGCGACAGAAAUUCGAGCAUUGACAGAGGGUGUUUCUCCAAAAGAAAUUUGUGAUAAAUUCCAUAAACUUCAUAAAGAAGCUUAUGACUGGUUUGGAAUUGAUUUUGACUGUUUCGGCCGAACUUCUUCAGAACACCAGACAGAGUUUGAUUUUUUCUUUAAUUUUUUAAAGCUUUUUUUUAGAAUUGUUCAAGAUAUAUUUCUUAAAAUUCAUAAUAAUUCUUUUACUUCUGUUGGGAUUCAAAAACAGCUUCGUUGUUCUAAUUGUCAAAAAUUUCUUGCUGACCGAUUUGUUCGUGGAACUUGCCCUCAUUGUAAGUUCCUUGAUGCUCGUGGUGAUCAAUGUGAUAAAUGUGGCCAUCUUUUGGAUGGCGUUGAGCUUGUUGAACCAAGAUGUCUUAUUUGCGGGAGUGAGCCGCGCAUAGAGGAAUCUGAGCACAUUUUUUUGAAUUUGGAUCAGCUUUCGGUUUUUUAUAUUUAUUUUAAAAAUUAA